UUGUCAAACUAAAGUCGCGAAAUUUUAAAAUGAACUUUUCGCAAUGCUUUCCAGUGCAGAAGUCCUUCUUAAGUGUGCCUCAAUGUUAUUUCUGUUAUUUCUAAAAACGGUUAAAUUGAAAAGUACUGAAAAGUACAACGUUCAUCUAAAGCGUUUCGUUAACGACUAGAAAUAAUGUAAAUAAAUAACAGAACUAAAAAAAAUAUAUUGAAAAAGAUGUCGCAAGCUGGUGGUAAGAAAGGUGGGGCUAAAGGCCCCCCUAAAGGAGACGACGGCAAUGGGAAUAACAAGUCUAACACCUCGAAGGAUUCCAAAGAAAAGGAUAAAGAUGAGACAGCAAGUAAUCCGGAAGGUGAUGAGGCGGCCGGUGCCAAGCCUCAAUCUGCCGGAGCGAACAUCAGGGAUGCUGCCCAAAGGAUCCUGACACUGUGCCAAAAGGGGGAAUGGGCUCCUGUCGAUCAAAUUAUGAAAUCUAUGGAAAAGGCCAUAGCUAAUACAGGGGAAGACGCUACUACUACACCAUUAGCAGGAGUAGCGGAUUUGCUUACUGGAAUGACUCCGUUGAUGUAUGCAGUCAAGGACAACAGAACAUCUUUACUGGAUCGUAUGAUAGACCUGGGGUCGGAAGUCGGAGCAAGAAAUAAUGAUAACUACAAUGUUCUUCACAUAUCCGCCAUGCAUUCGCGUGAGGAUGUUGUAAAACUACUGUUAGGAAAAAAAGGUGUAGAUCCAUAUUCAACUGGAGGGAGUCGAAAUCAAACUGCUGUCCACUUAGUAGCUUCGAGACAAACCGGUACUGCCACUGCCAUACUAAGAGCUCUCUUGCAAGCCGGUGGGAAAGAUAUUCGUCUUAAAGUAGAUGGGAGAGGAAAAAUACCUUUAUUACUUGCUGUAGAAGCCGGUAACCAAUCAAUGUGCAGAGAAUUACUGAGCACAUUAACAUCCGAACAGUUGAAAGCAUCUGCAGCCAAUGGUGACACAGCACUACAUCUUGCUGUUCGAAGAAAAGACAUUGAUAUGGUACGAAUAUUGGUGGAUUACGGAACAAAUGUGGAUAUUAGAAAUGGAGAAGGUCAGGCGCCUCUUCAUAUAGCUGCGGCUGAAGGUGAUGAACUGCUAGUAAAAUAUUUUUAUGGAGUUCGAGCGUCUGCCAGCAUUACGGAUUUCCAGGAUCGUACACCAAUGCACCUUGCUGCAGAAAAUGGACACGCAAACAUCAUAGAGCUACUGGCUGACAAAUUUAAAGCAAGCAUAUUCGAGAGGACUAAGGAUGGCUCUACUUUGAUGCAUAUAGCGUCGCUUAAUGGACACGCAGAUUGCGCAAUGAUGCUAUUUAAAAAAGGAGUUUACUUACAUAUGCCUAACAAGGAUGGCGCUAGAAGUAUUCAUACAGCAGCGAGGUAUGGACACGUGGGCAUCAUUAACACAUUAUUACAAAAAGGUGAAAAAGUAGAUGUAACAACCAAUGAUAACUACACAGCUCUUCACAUAGCCGUUGAAUCAUGUAAACCUUUGGUAGUAGAAACUCUUUUAGGAUAUGGAGCAGACGUGCAUGUUAGAGGUGGAAAAUUAAAAGAAACCGCCUUGCAUAUAGCAGCCAGAGUAAAAGACGGAGAAAAAUGCGCGUUAAUGUUACUGAAAUCCGGUGCUGCUCCAAACUUGGCGACUCACGACGGUAAUACUCCGGUCCACGUAGCCGCUAAAUAUGGCAACUUGCAGACCCUCAUGCUCUUGUUGGAAGAUGGUGGAGAUCCGCAAUAUAAAAACAAGAUCUCAUCUGCUACUCAUAAAAAAGGAGAGACUCCUUUACAUUUGGCCAGCCGAAAUUGUCGACCUGAUGCAGUCACACAGUUGAUCAAGUACGUCAAAGAUAAGAAAGGCGAAUCUACAGCAUCAGCUUAUGUGAACGAGUUGACAGAAAACGAUGAUAGCGCCCUCCAUUAUGUGUGUACUGUAACAAAGGAUGAAGUUGAAAUUCCCAAUUCCGACAGAGAAGUGGUGAAACUUCUUUUGGAAAAUGGAGCCGAUGUAAAACUUCAAACGAAACAGCAUGAGACGGCUUUUCAUUUGGUUGCUUCUGCGGGAAACAACGAUGUUUUAAUGGAGAUGAUUUCGCAUAUGUCACCUACGGAUGCUCAGAAGGCCUUGAAUAGACAGAAUGGCAACGGUUGGACGCCACUGCUGAUUGCUGCUCAUAAAGGUCACAUUGAUUUGGUAAAUAAUCUGCUAGCUAAUCAUGCCAGAGUAGAUGUCUUUGAUACCGAUGGUCGCUCUGCAUUACAUUUAGCAGCUGAACACGGAUACCUUCACGUCUGUGAUUCACUUUUAACAAAUAAAGCCUUUAUUAAUUCCAAAUCAAGAAACGGUCGGACGGCGCUUCAUUUGGCUGCCCUAAAUGGCUAUGUCCAUUUGGUAAAGUUUCUCAUAAAAGACCACAACGCCGUCAUCGAUAUCUUGACAUUGAAAAAGCAAACUCCUUUGCAUUUAGCAGCAGGUGCUGGACAAAUUGAAGUAUGUAAGUUGUUACUAGAACUGGGGGCAGAUAUUGACGCUACAGAUGAGGAUGGCCAGAAGCCUAUACACGCCGCUUGCCAAAACAAUUUCUCCGAAGUUGCCAAAUUAUUUUUACAACAACAUCCUAGCCUAGUAAUGGCUACCACUAGAGACGGUAAUACUUGUGCUCACAUUGCGGCAGCACAAGGCAGUGUAACUGUCAUAGAAGAACUGAUGAAAUUUGAUCGACAGGGAGUAAUAUCCGCUAGGAACAAAUUGACAGAUUCUACGCCUCUUCAAAUGGCUGCAGAGGGAGGACAUGCUGAAGUCGUGAAAGCCUUAGUUCGAGCUGGAGCUUCGGUAACUGAAGAAAACAAAGGAGGAUUUACUGCUGUGCAUCUAGCAGCUCAAAAUGGUCACAUGCAAGUGUUAGAAGUUUUGCGAUCAUCCAAUAAUCUAAGAGUGACUAGCAAAAAACUAGGUGUCACUCCAUUGCAUGUUGCAGCAUAUUUCGGUCAAGCAGACACUGUGCGCGAAUUACUUACUCAUGUACCUGGUACCGUAAAGUCUGAGCAACCAAACGGUGCUUCAUUAGUACCCGCUCUCGGAAAUGAAUCUGGUAUGACACCCCUACAUCUGGCGUCAUUCUCUGGAAAUGAAAACGUUGUACGAUUACUUUUAAAUUCUGCUGGUGUUCAAGUCGAUGCAGCAACUCAUGAAAAUGGCUACAAUCCCAUGCAUCUUGCUUGUUAUGGAGGCCAUGUCACUGUUGUAGGACUGUUAUUAAGUAGAUCGGCAGAAUUGUUAGAAAGUAGGGAUAAGCAUGGAAAAACCGGAUUGCAUAUUGCAGCUACUCAUGGGCAUUAUCAAAUGGUUGAAGUCCUUUUAGGCCAAGGAGCUGAUAUAAAUGCUCCAGAUAAAAAUGGAUGGACCCCUUUACACUGUGCUUCACGAGCAGGAUGCUUUGAAGUUGUUAAACUAUUAACUGAGUCAGGGGCAUCUCCAAAAUCCGAAACAAAUUUGGGGGCCGUCCCUAUUUGGUUUGCGGCAUCUGAAGGCCACCAUGGGGUACUAGAAUAUUUGAUGACAAAAGAACACGAUACGUAUACUUUAAUGGAAGACAGAAGAUUUGUAUAUAAUUUAAUGAUUUGUUCGAAAAACCAUAAUAACAGACCAAUAGAAGAAUUUGUUUUGGUUUCACCUGCCCCAGUGGACACGGCAGCUAAAUUAUCUAAUAUUUUAAUAGUUCUUUCAAAUAAGGAAAAAGAAAGGGCUAAAGACUUAAUAUCGGCGGGAAAAUUUUGCGAAGCUAUGGCUACUGAACUUCUAGCGUUAGCGGCUGGAGCUGAUUCUGCUGGAAAAAUUUUGACUGCAACUGACAGGAGAAGCGUUGAAUUUUUGGACGUGUUAAUUGAAAAUGAGCAAAAAGAAGUUAUUGCGCAUACUGUUGUUCAACGAUAUCUUCAGGAACUCUGGCGAGGAGGCCUCAACUGGGCCGCGUGGAAGACGCUGCUUCUUUUCGUGUUGUUCAUAAUCUGUCCCCCUGUAUGGAUCGCUUUUACGUUACCUUUAGGACAUAAAUAUCAUAAAGUGCCUAUCAUAAAGUUCAUGUCUUAUCUGACUUCACACAUUUACCUUAUGUUAUUUCUGUUAAUUGUCGGUAUAACUCCGCCGUAUCCGACGAUAAAUAGAACAAACUUAAUACCAUAUUGGUACGAGUGGAUCCUGUUAGUGUGGUUAAGUGGUCUGUUAUUAUUUGAACUCACGAAUCCGAGCGACAAAAGCGGCCUGGGAUGGAUAAAGAUAUCCGUCCUGCUAUUCAGUAUUUUUGGUGUAGGAGUGCAUCUAAUGGGCCUGUUAUUUGUAGAGCGUAAGUUCUGGCCCACAUUGAUGUACUGCAGGAACCAGCUGUUCGCCUUAAGUUUUCUGCUGGCCUGUGUACAAAUUCUAGAUUUUCUAUCGUUUCAUCAUUUGUUUGGACCAUGGGCUAUUAUUAUAGGCAAUUUAAUGAAAGAUCUCGCCAGAUUUUUGGCGGUAUUGGCCAUUUUCGUUUUUGGAUUUUCAAUGCAGUUUGUGGCAUUAAACCAACCUUUUGAAAAUGGAAAGAGAAUAAGAAGGUCCAACGAUUUCUUUAAAGAUGAGUUUGUCACAACGGAAGCAGAUGCUGAAUGGAUAGAUAUCGAUGUAGAUAGAAAUAUACCACAUACCAGAGCCAAUGUCCGGAAGAAACGUCCUCCUUUAGAGUUUGAUGACGGGAUGAUUAUGAACCCUCUUCUGGCAUUCGAGCUACUCUUUUUCGCCGUAUUCGGCCAGACUACUUAUGACGAACUGACCGUCAAGCCCCCACGAGGGAGCAGCAUUCCUCCGUAUCGACCCCUGUGGACCGACAAUCUGUUCAAGGUGGCCUUCGGCAUUUACAUGUUGGUUUCGGUUGUGGUGCUGAUCAAUCUGUUGAUCGCCAUGAUGUCGGACACGUACCAACGCAUCCAGGCACAAUCCGAUAUCGAAUGGAAAUUUGGUCUCAGCAAGCUCAUUCGCAACAUGCAUCGAACCACCACAGCUCCUUCACCAAUAAAUCUUAUAACCACAUGGUUAUUCUACCUGGUUGACAUAUGCAAAAAAAGAGUCAAAACGAAAAAACGCCAGAGCUUGGUGCAUCUCAUGGGCAGCUUCCAACGCACCACCCAACUGAGUCCCAGGUCGAAGGCCGGUGCCAAAUGGCUGUCGAAGGUGAAAAAAGGCCGCCAAAUCGCUCCCAAGGAGAGUAUGGGCUUGUCCAUAGGCCAAAUGAGCCCGCUAGGGUCUCAGCUCAGUUUCUCUGCUGUUACUACUAGAAUUGAGCACGUAACCGAUUGGGAAGCGAUCGCUAAGAAAUACAGGGCCCUAAUGGGUCAAGAGGAUGAAGUUAAAGAUUCGUCCAAAGAAGAUGAGGAGGAGGACGAUGAGGAAGCGGCGCCAAAUCCAGCUCCGCACCUAGCACCUAGUUCCUCUAUCGGUUAAGAUUGUAUCUAAUUUAAUUUAUUUGUUGUAGAAUAUUUUCCAACCCGACGAAUCAUGAUUUCACAGCACAAUACCUACAAUUAUUAGAGUGCUUCCAUAAGUCAUUGUGUAUAUACCGACCUACCUAGACCUAUUUUUAAAUAAAUUUGUAAUUGAAUAAACAUACCGUUUAAUAAAACUCCAAUUAAAAAAAUAAUAUACUUUAUUUUCCACCAAAUCAUCUGUACGUCCAACUGCAAGAACGUAUCUUCUUUGUUAGUGGUUCCAUCAUAACUCUUGUUACAUCUUUGGUUACUUCAUCUGAGCUAAAUCUUCUUUGGUGAAAUAAACAUCUUUCAGUAACAAUGUUAUAAUUAAAUAUAGUCACAAAAUAUACAAUUAAACUUUCCAAUAUUUAUCCAUUCUACGAAGUAUAUAGUCGAUCUAGCGUGGCUGCAAAAAGCUUUAAAAAAAAAGGGAAAUUUCACAGCUCCUUCGCCAAUAAAUCUCAUAACCACAUGGUUAUUCUACCUGGUCGACAUAUGCAAAAAAAGAGAUAGUAUUCUGUCCCCUAGUCUAGUACUAUCUUUUCUAAA